UAUAAACCAUGUUUGCAGAGAAAGAAUUAGAGAGGCAGCCACUGAAGAGAAGAGGGUUUACUCCAGCAGACCAGUUCAAUAUAUCACACUCCUCUGCAAGAAACAGACAGGAAGGCAAAAGGAGCUGACUGGUGGAAGAGACUGUAAAAAGGAAAAACCAUGACUUUGAAUAACGUCACCAUGCGUCGCAGCAGCAGCGCGCUGCACGCACAGCAGCAACGCUGGAGCAUCCCUGCCGAUGGAAGGCACCUGACCGUCCACAAAAACCCCCAUGAGUACAACGUGCGCAAGAGAUACACUAUGAACCCCGAUGAUUAUUACCGAAGGAGUUGGUCAUCAGAGUCUUCCGAUUCAGUCAUUUCCUCCGAGUCCGGAAAUACCUACUACCGGGUGGUAAUGAUUGGGGAGCAUGGAGUGGGGAAAUCUACCUUGGCCAAUAUCUUUGCAGGCGUACAUGACAGCAUGGACAGUGACUGUGAUGUGCUAGGAGAAGAUACAUAUGAACGGACCUUGAUGGUAGAUGGUGAAAGCGCAACCAUUAUACUGCUUGACAUGUGGGAAAAUAAGAGUGAAGAAGAAUGGAUCCAAGAUCACUGCAUGCAAGUAGGAGAUGCAUACUUGAUUGUCUACUCCAUCACAGACCGAGCGAGCUUUGAGAAAGCCUCUGAACUAAGAAUACAGCUCCGCAGGGCACGCCAGACAGAAGAUAUUCCCAUUAUUUUAGUGGGCAACAAAAGCGAUCUCGUCAGGUGCCGUGAAGUCUCUGUGUCAGAGGGCCGCGCUUGUGCUGUUGUGUUUGACUGUAAGUUCAUCGAGACCUCCGCAGCUGUCCAGCACAACGUGAAGGAACUAUUUGAAGGAAUUGUGCGGCAGGUCCGGCUAAGAAGGGACAGCAAGGAAAAGAACGAGAGGAGGCUGGCAUAUCAGAAGAGGAGAGAGAGCAUUCCUAAGAAAGCCAGGCGGUUCUGGGGCAAAAUAGUUGCCAAGAACAACAAGAAUAUGGCCUUCAAACUUAAGUCCAAGUCUUGCCAUGACCUAUCAGUACUUUAAGAAGGUUGGAUUAUGACAGAUGUUCUCUUCUGUGGACAUUAUUUAACUACAAUGUGAACAAUAAUCAAUCUAUAUUAGAUUGGACUACAAGAAAAACAUUUUUUACUUGGAUUCACAGUUGUGAUGGUGACAAAAUGUGCUGGUAAUAAGCACAGCACAAUGCAUGGAAAACAAAAGCCUUUCUUAAUAUUUUUCAGUAGUUUUUAAAAAAGCUUUCUCUUAUACACCAGAACAUCCUAAAGUUAAGCAGGGUGUGUUUUUAAAUUUACUUCUUGUUUCUCUUGUUGCCUUUAGAUAAUAGUGUAAGAACCUAAACAUUCAUGAUCUGGUGAAUGAAUUGCACCUUCUCAUUAUUAUUUUUGGAAAAAUGUACAGAGAAAUGAUGAACUCACUGGGAACUGAUCCUUUGCCAAAUAGUUGGUCUGAUUUUCUUAAGCACCCAAAAUCUGCAUUUCUCUAGAAUAGUCACUGUCUUGUUUCCAGGGCUAACACCCAUGAACAUAUACAUCUCUUACUUUUGAAAAUGUAAUAUUUAAUGGAAAAAAUAUUUCUAGCCAAACGAUAUUUCCCCUCUGACUUUCAUACUGUAGGACUGUCAACAAAAACAAAAAAAUCAGAUUAAAAUGCAAAAUGCAUCAUGUGAGAGAUGCCAAAUUGUAAAACCACCUGAUCUUUUAUAAGAAACCACAUGGACUUUUUAUACCCAGAUUUGUGUAUGAAGGAGCUGUGCUAUAUUUAUUUCAUUGCAAAGCAAUAAGCAUUUUUAGUAUUGGGGGUGAAAAUGUAUUUAUUGUCAGGUUUCUCAAGAAAAACACUUUAAUACUGUUUUCUAGCUAAUAUCUUUUUCAGAUUAUGCAAGUUUUUAUUUACAUGCCUUGUAAUAAAACAAACAAAAUAUUUA